CCGCGUCUUCCUUUUUUUUUUUUUUUUUCAUGCGAUCGAUGAUGGAGCACGUGCAUUGGACACAACUUUGAAAUUUUCGAGCAGCGUCGGGGGUUCUUUUGGUUUCCAUAUCGUUCUUUCCUCCAAUUUUUUCGGGUGCGAUUUGACACGUUGUUAUUAUGCCUCUAGAUUACAGCAAGUGGGACAACAUUGAACUGUCGGAUGACUCGGAUAUUGAAGUGCAUCCCAAUGUGGAUAAACGGUCCAUGAUUAAAUGGAAGCGAGAAGCCAUUCACCGGGAACGAGCCGAGCGCAAAGCCAAGAUGGAAUACAUUGAAAAGUUUAUCCCACAGCAGACCAAGAAUAUUGCCAAGUUGGAUGAACUCAUUACAGUGCUGAAAGAAAAAGGGGUCGAUGCUUUAUUAGCGGCGGUGACCGAGCAACGCGAUUUAGUCAAACAGCAAGAAAUGGGCAAAGCGGUCAUGCCAACACUCGAUGGCAAGGGUCAAUUCACGUUGGAAGAAGUGUUUUCAAAGAUGGUCGAUCAAAUCAAGGAAGGAUUGGAACGGUCAUCACCUGAACAAGUCAAGACAGUUCUUCUGGAACGAUUGGAGCAAACACGUCAAGCGACACAAAAAACUGUGGAUGAAGGAGCCAAAGAGUUGGAGCGGUUAAAAAAGGAAGCAUCAAAGAAAUGGACCAGUGAGAAUAUGUUUCACGAAACCCACAACCGUACGAUCAUCAACAAAUCGGAAAACUCGGAGCCCAGCAAACCAGCUGCCAAGGGCAAACAGAAGGAAAAGGUGGUUGAAACGUUGAAUCCUGGUGUACAAAUGAAAGAUUUGUCUCUGGAGGACGCAGGCGCGGACGCGGAUGUGGGCAGUGACGACGAUGAGGCUCCACCGGACACCGAUCCUCGUGCCAUUGAGUUUUCAAAACUUCGAGGUUUUGAACCGAGCUUCAAAUAUAUCAGCCAACAUAAAGACAUUGUCAAUGAAAAGACGGCCGAUGCGAUUCUUUUGGAAGCAUUUAAUGCCGAGUUGGGAGGUAACAGUGAAUACGCAAAGAACUGCGUUUUGCAGGCACGAACUUUGGAAUACUGCCUGAAACUCGGCCGUGAUGGUGUAUCACUCUUCUUUACCAGAAUGCAUGAUACAAACGGUCAAGCGCGUCGAAUGCUGUUUACGGAUGUUGAAGACACGUACAAACUUUUAAAAUCGCGAUGCAAAGUGUUGCAAGAAGAGCAGGCGCAACAGGGUGAAGAGACCAUUCAAUUGCAACCCAUGAACGAAGGGUCUCAACUGACGGUGCGUAUUCCUGAUCCGUCCAAUGAAGAAGAGAAGGGCGUUUUCGAAGUAUACCAAGCGCUUCCCGAGAAAUUCAGAAAGGCCCUGGAAACAGGAGACAUUGAAGAGAUCAACAAAGUACUGGCCACCAUGGCCGUCCCCGACGCUGAACAAGUCGUGCAAGUUUGUUCAGAAUACGGAUUUUUAGAUGUCGAUGGUCAAGUGUUGGAUGAACCACCGCAAUAGUUUUUUCGUUAUUCAGUCAUUAAAAGAAAAAAAAAAGAAGAAGGCAAAAGCUAAACCAAGGAGUGCACAGUGAUUCGGGAUCUUGUUAAAUGUUGGCAGUUUAGGGGAUAUUCAUCUCUUCAGGAACAGUGU